AAUAAAUGUCACAGACCAGCGGGUACAUUCCAACGGUAUUUAGGUUGAGAAGUAACGGAUUCUUUUCACAUGAUAUCCAUCUGGAACCAUGGAUACAAAGGGCAUUAUUAUUGCAUUACUGCUGUGCAUGCUGGUAGAGGAGACAUGUGGCGCAAAACGUGUCGAUGCUCACUUACGUGCAAGAGAGACACUCAGGAGACGCCGGGAUCAAAAUAAACUUCAACAACGAGAUACAAUGCCACUGGAUAUACCUAAUAUGUUCCAGCUCACCGAAGGUGAAUCUCUGGAAAAAGUGAUUGAGACAAAGGAUGUUUAUGGAAUGACAGUCGAGCGACUUCAGGAAACGUAUCAUGGAAUCAAAGUAUAUGAUACAGCCGUUACAGUUCACAAAACCAAAGAUGGGCAGCUAACAGGGGAAGUACUUGGAACGUUUGUACAAGAUAUUGGAGACGAUCUUGCAGAUACAGAAGUCAGCAUUUCUAAUGAGGAAGCUCUAGAUAUAGCUCUUACUGAUGCAGGUGAUAACCGAGACGAAAUCGAUAGCGUGAAAUAUUCGAUUGAAAUAUUUCUUGACGAGAAUAACCAAGCAAGGUUAGUCAACGUAUUAUCGUACUUGAUAAAGGGAAGGAAACGCCCAUAUUUUAUCAUAGACGUAAAAACCAGAGAGAUUCUGAAGAAGUGGGAGGGACUUAGCAAUUAUCCUUGCUGUGAGAGGAAGUAUAAUGCUUCUGGUGGCAAUGACAAAAUGGGAAAAAUCACAUAUGGCAAUAUGCCGUACUGUCUUACACCCACCAUCACAAACGGUACGUGUUACCUUGAAAACGAAUAUGUCCAGGUUUUAGACAUGGAUAUUAGUUCGUAUGAAACAGCUCACUUUGCCUGCUCAGAGGGAUAUGGUGAUGAAGUUAAUGGCGCAUAUUCCCCAGCAACCGAUGUUUUCUUUCAUGGAACCGUAGUAGGUAAGAUGUUCGAAGAAUGGUUUGGAUCAACUCCACUCGGUAACCGUUCCGUAAUAUUGCAAGUUCAUGCAGGCUAUAAUAUGGAAAACGCCUACUGGGAUGGUACAUAUUGUUCAUUUGGAGACGGUUAUUCAUAUUUUUAUCCACUCACAUCACUUGAUAUUGUUGCACAUGAAAUAGGACAUGGAGUCACAGAAUUUAAUUCUGAUCUAGAAUACUGGGGAGAAAGCGGUGGUAUCAACGAAGCCUUCUCCGAUAUAAUGGGUGAGGCUGCAGAACAUUACCUGUUAGAAUCCGAUUUCUUGACAGGUGGCACCGUUAUGAAAACUGAACCAUAUCUACGUGAGUUUGAGAGACCUGAAAAUGAUAACAAUUCUAUCAGUCAUGUAGAUGAUAUGGGUUCGUACACAGAUGUUCAUUAUAGCAGCGGUAUAUACAGACGUAUAUGGUACGUCGUUGUAAAGGAAGAAGGUAUGCCGGUCCGUGAUGCAUUUUCAGUUUUUCUUCAUGCAAACAAAAUGUACUGGCAUCAGAGCUCAUCCUUCUAUGAUGCUUCUUGUGGUGUGUUAGAAGCAGCUUUGGACCUUGGGUGUGACACACGGCCAUUCCGGAAGGCAUUCAGUGAUGUCGGAAUCAGCUUUUGUUCUUCCGUCUCAGACAUACCAGUUCUGCAAAACAACGAAACUCAAUUCGGAGUUCUUGUAAGCAACAAGAUUAAUCCUCGUUUUAUAAUGGAAACACCCGAAUUGGCUGAAACAUUUAUUGCACGCGUUCAAUCCAACACCAGUAACGACAUAUUAAUCAGCGUUAUGACCGGUGGAUGGAAUGAAACUGAUGGAGCUGAACUGGUUGUACAAGAUGUUAACAAUGUCAUGAUACCCGACGCUGCGAGCAAGAUCUUCCUCAUUAGGCUAUCGCUUUCUCAUAAACCAUCAGAAGACGAGUGUGAUGAUUCAGGGGAGGACGAUGGUGUUGCUAUGGUUACGUUUACCGCGGGAUUCUCAUGUAGACCAGAUGAUAUCUACUCUGGUAGCGGUGAUGAUGACGAAGAUUAUUAUUCUGAGGACAGUGACUAUUAUUAUAGAAGCUACGGAGACACCUAUGACUACGACGAUUACUACGUCACUCGUAGCAGAAGGGACAAACGCUCAGUGGCUACAUGCUAAAUUCAAAUAAGUCGUUUAAGGUUAUUUAUAGUUAUGUUGAAAUUUGUUCUUUUCAACUGUUGUAGUCGUUCGAGGAUUCCAGAAUGUCACAGUGGUGCAAUAGCUAAGUAGUUGUCCAACAUUUUGGCAGACUGUGAACAUAGUAAGACUUACUAACAGAUGUAGAUAUAAUUAUACUACGACACAUGUCAACAGUUACCAUUUUUACUUAAUAUAUAGUUUGAAAUAAGCCUUACUUUGGAUUAUUUCUUACAUGAAAUACAUUUUUUGUUUAACGGUACCAUUUGUUUUCUUCAGUUCCAUUUUAUUCUAAGAAAAUGGCUAAGAAAACCUCAAACAUUAAAGUGUAAUGGAUAAUACUAAGUAA